AUGUACGGAAUAUGUCUCAGUUAUCGGGAGAUCGAGAGUCUCUUGAUCUUCCUCCCACAGCAGUUCUUAAUCCAACCGGUGUUGAACACUGACUUGCACAAUAUCGACACAACAUUUGAGAAUAACUCCUUGCUUGAGAUCAGCAACUGGGAGGGCUCUGGGGUAGAUAGCGAACAUGAAUCCAGCGCGAUUCAGGCUUUCAUAGCGAGUCGCCUUGUGCAUGCGAUAUGGUACUGUGUACCCUCUAAUCUCGGGCAAGCCAAGAAGUUCCUCUCGGUGCCCUAUCAAGUUCCCGUUAUAGCUGUUUUCACAGAUUUUGACCGAUUGAUGGACGAGACGAUAUAUACGCUGUGCACGGAUGACAACGCAGCCAGAGAAUCCGUUGUACAGCAAUUCGAAGCGGGGUAUAAAACUGUCUUGAUGCAAACACCUUACCUCCCGAUGCGGUUGUCGCAAUACCCAACUGCAACGAUGACUUCGCUCAGAAGUGGCGAUGAACUUGCCAGGGGUCUUUCUGGUCAUCGUUUAGAAGCCCUGUUUGUUGCGGCUCAGAGAGCAGAUGUCGAUCCCAAGUACCAACUGUCGCUUUUGUAUGGACUUCCGGAUACAAUCUCCCAGAUAGAACUUGAGGUCCCGCGUCUUCCUUUUCGGCGGAGGCUUAUUCAAAUCUGGGGUACGUCUUUUACUGUGACAGAAAUCUUAUCUACGUUCAAAAAAUAUGUUGAGAAUGAUCGGCGAACCAUUGGUAAUAGUGCUGUCGGCUCCAUUCCUCGCCCAGAACUCGCAGCUAUGUCCGCCUUGGAGCGCAAAGGAUGUAGAUGUGCGCAAUUAGUGGCUGAUCUAACAUUCAUCAUGGCGCAGAUUUUCUUGCUGAAAAUCCAAAAGGCUUAUGUCCUGGAAGCUCUCAUCAAAGAGUACACAGGCUCGGAUGCGUUUAGAUCCAUACAGGAGGGUGUAAUCAAAAUAUACCGGUCUUCUCGUAGGAAUCGGCAAAGCUUGGGCGAUGGGACACGGAUUGUCAUGCCGCAAAUCCAACGCCAGCUGGAAGACCUUGUGAGGCGUGUCUCCUCCAAUGCGGCAGAUCGGUUCAGGCUGUUGAUAAUUGGGAAGCCUGGUGAUGCCAAGGUUACGAUCCUCCACAAGGUUUUAGGCGAAGGAAGUUUAAGCACUGUCCCUAAAAUCGUGCAGUCCCUUUCGCACCUUCAAAUUUCCAACGAAUACCGCAUUUUUGCGGAAACAACGUCCAGUGAUAAUGGCUUUCUAGUAGUUCAUGACGCGGACGAGCCGGAGGGUCAAAAGGAACUUGUGUCAUCACACAAUUUAUGGCGUCUCGCAGAGGAGAAGACCUAA